AACUUCCGUCAGAGCCGGAAAACUCUGUCCCUUGCGUUGUUUAAGAGGCUCCUGGCUGCGGGUUGGGGAGGGAAGGCCCAGGACGGGCCCGGGGAUUCCAGGGCGUCCGGCCCACGACCUGUCCUUGGCGCCAUGGGUGUGAUAGGUAUACAGCUGGUCGUUACCAUGGUGAUGGCCAGUGUCAUGCAGAAGAUUAUACCUCACUAUUCUCUUGCCCGAUGGCUACUCUGUAAUGGCAGUUUGAGAUGGUAUCAACAUCCUACAGAAGAAGAAUUAAGAAUUCUUGCAGGGAAGCAGCAAAAAGGGAAAAGCAGAAAAGAUAGGAAAUAUAAUGGUCACAUUGAAAGUAAGCCACUGACCAUUCCAAAGGAUAUUGAUCUCCAUCUAGAAACAAAGUCAGUUACAGAAGUGGAUACUUUAGCAUUGCAUUAUUUUCCAGAAUACCAGUGGCUGGUGGAUUUCACAGUGGCUGCUACAGUUGUGUAUCUAGUAACUGAAGUCUACUACAAUUUUAUGAAGCCCACACAGGAAAUGAAUAUCAGCUUAGUCUGGUGCCUGCUUGUUUUAUCUUUCGCAAUUUACCUGCGGUUUUUCCUGAACUUUAUCUUCUGCAGCAAAGUUCUAUUUUCAUUAACUACACACUAUUUUAAAGUAGAAGAUGGUGGUGAGAGAUCAGUCUGUGUUACCUUUGGAUUUUUUUUCUUUGUGAAAGCAAUGGCAGUCUUGAUUGUAACAGAAAACUAUCUGGAAUUUGGACUUGAAACAGGGUUUACAAAUUUUUCAGAUAGUGCGAUGCAGUUUCUUGAAAAGCAAGGUUUAGAAUCUCAGGGUCCUGUUUCAAAACUUACUUUCAAAUUUUUCCUGGCUAUUUUCUGUUCAUUCAUUGGGGCUUUUUUGACAUUUCCUGGAUUACGACUGGCUCAAAUGCAUCUGGAUGCCCUGAAUUUGGCAACAGAAAAAAUUACACAAACAUUACUUCAUAUCAACUUCUUGGCUCCUUUAUUUAUGGUUCUGCUCUGGGUAAAACCAAUCACCAAAGACUACAUUAUGAACCCACCAUUGGGUAAAGAAAGUGUCCCUUUAAUGACAGAAGCUACAUUCGAUACUCUGCGACUCUGGUUAAUAAUCCUGCUGUGUGCUUUGCGGUUGGCCAUGAUGCGCAGUCACCUGCAAGCUUACUUAAAUUUAGCCCAGAAAUGUGUGGAUCAGAUGAAGAAAGAAGCAGGGCGGAUAAGUACAGUUGAGCUACAGAAAAUGGUGGCUCGAGUCUUUUAUUACCUUUGUGUCAUUGCCCUGCAGUAUGUGGCACCUCUGGUAAUGCUGCUUCACACAACUCUGCUUUUGAAAACACUAGGUAAUCAUUCCUGGGGGAUAUAUCCAGAAUCUAUCUCUGCCUUGCCAGUGGAUAAUAGUCUACCCUCCAACUCUGUUUACUCUGAAUUACCAUCUGCUGAUGGGAAGAUGAAGGUAACUGUUACACAAAUAACAGUGGCACUGAGCAGCUUGAAAAAUAUUUUCACUCCUCUGCUUUUUCGAGGACUUCUGUCUUUUCUGACCUGGUGGAUUGCUGCUUGUCUCUUUUCUACAAGCCUUUUUGGGCUUUUCUAUCACCAGUAUCUGACUGUGGCAUGAAUCUCAGUUAACAAAAAAGGAUAUCCAAGUCACACUUUGAAUUGAAAUGCUUGUGCCCUUGAAGGGCUGUCGGAAACCAGAAGAAAGCAAAUACAAAGGAAAAAAACAUAUCAGAGUAUCUUGUUUUAAAUGCUUCCUCUGUAUUCUCAGGGUGAAUCAAUGGUAUAAUAUUUAAAAUUACAGAGUAGAUUAUUAACUGUUAUACUGUGGCAUUGGAAUUUUAACUCCUUGUAUUAAUUGAUGUGAGAGGGCUAUCUACAGGGGUAAUACUUUGUUUACCUUGGUUUACAGAAACCUCCAGCAGUCUUUGAAACUUCUCAUAUGACUCCAGUUAUUGAUUGAUUGUUCUUAAUGGUGUAAAGGUACUGUUAAUACUCAAUAGUGGCUGCCUAUAGAACAGUCUUCAAACUGAGCCAUGCUUUGGGAGAGGGAAAGGAGCUAGAGUCACUUCUGUUGGUAACCUUUAAAACAACAAUAGCAAAAUCCAACAGAAAGGAAGAAAUAGCUACUGUAUAUUACAGUAAAAAAAAGCUGCAUAGUAAUUUUAAAUUUAAAGCAGAUGUACAUGCUUAAUAUCUACAAGUACUGCUGCUUGAGAGUAGCAAGAGUAUUGUUUUAAAAUGUAUUCUGUCCAACUUGAGGGAUCUUUUAAAAUGAUUGGCCAUAUGAACAUUUGCAAUCUAAUAGGCUUGGAACUCCCAUAUUUUAUUUUAUUCUGUGAUCCUAAAUACAGUUCUUUUAAUAAUCUAAAGAUAUUUAUCAAUAUUGAUCAGACUUUUAAAAAAUUACUUUAAUCCUGCUGACUACCUGUAUGUAUUGUAUUGUAUAUAUAUUAUAUAUUAAAUAUAUAAUAUAUUGAGAUUAUAAAAGGUGAAAAUAUUGGAUCCUUAUAAUAUUUUAAGUUGCUGAAUGUAUAUUAAAUGUGAUUGAAUGAGCUGUGUUUGUAUCUAGAAAUUUUCUUUCUUUUUGGAAUGAGAUUAAAAUACAUUUUGAAAGUUCA